AUGGCCAGCGGCUACAGCAGCCUGGAGGAGGACUCCGAGGACUUCUUCUUCACCGCCAGGACCUCCUUCUUCCGGAGGGCGCCCCAGGGCAAGCCCCGCGCCGGCCAGCAAGAUGUGGAGAAAGAAAAAGAAACCCACAAUUACCUCAGCAAAGAGGAAAUCAAAGAGAAAGUUCAUAAGUACAAUUUAGCAGUGACAGACAAGCUGAAGAUGACCUUGAAUUCAAAUGGGAUUUACACUGGCUUCAUUAAAGUCCAGAUGGAACUCUGCAGACCUCCACAGACUUCUCUGAAUCCUGGAAAACUCGCUCCCAGUAGCAACGGCUGUAUGAACACGCUUCAUAUCAGCAGCACGAACACUGUCGGGGAGGUGAUCGAGGCCCUGCUCAAAAAGUUUCUUGUGACCGAGAGCCCUUCUAAGUUUGCACUUUAUAAGCGUUGUCACAGGGAAGACCAAGUCUAUGCCUGCAAGCUCUCAGAGCGGGAACAUCCACUUUACCUGCGGUUGGUAGCAGGGCCCAGAACAGAUACCCUUAGUUUUGUUCUUCGUGAACACGAAACAGGAGAGUGGGAAGCCUUCAGCCUUCCAGAACUGCAGAAUUUCUUGCGCAUCUUGGACAAGGAAGAAGACGAGCAGCUGCAGAACCUGAAGAAGCGCUACACAGCCUACAGACACAAGCUGGAAGAAGCCCUCAGCGAGGUGUGGAAACCCGAUUAAUGCGCAAGGCUCCCUGCCAGUAAGGCGCAGUGUGGACCGAUGCAUGGAACAGCAACAAGUGCCUCUCUUCUCAGAGCGCUCCUUUCUUGCCCCAUGAUGUGAGGGUCUUCUCCCUCUUCUCUCUAGAUUUAGUUUCCCAGACCUGGUCACGCAGCCCCCUGCACCUUACGCAUCCCGUGUAAGGGAGUCGGCUUAUUCUGUUACAGCACCGCGGUGAUACCUCUCGGCCAGCUGUGAACCUGUAGUCUCCUGAGGAGCGUUCUAGAGUGUUUGGAAGCAUGAAUUCUGGUUUUUAAUUUUUUUUUUCCUUUCUUAUUUUCUGUUAUUCUAAUUAUGUGAUGAUGCUGUUAAGCUUAAAGAAGUUAAAAUGAUUUUUUAUAAGAGUUUAACAAGGUGUGGAGAGCAACAAGGAAUCUCUUUGAAUACUUGUCCUGUGUUGAAACUACCUGCUUUUGUUUUUAAGUGUCAGAGGAAUCUAUCCAUGUGAAUUGAAAGGCACAGGAAUCUAGUAACAGAAGUCUGUGAAGGAUUUUGUGGGAGUUUGACAGAGAGUAGGAGCAAGUUUGGAAGAAGGCAUGUGUAGGGGACGUGAGCUCUAAGGGCUGGCGAAGGUGGCUGGUGAAUGCAUUGGUGAUAGAGGAGAGGUGGAGCUGCUGGAGAAUGAGUCAGAAGCAUCUAGUGUUGAGAAGUUAAACCCAUUUUAGGAUUGCUUGAUUUCCUGGUCAGCGACGUGUGGGAACAGAGCCAAAGAGGUAGCUAAGCCAAAAGGAGGGACCCAUGACCUCUGCCAGCUAGCUGGAGAAUCAGGCAGGUGGGUCUUUCAGACCUGGGUGGAGCUGCCUUGUGCAGCCGAUUCUGACCCCUUGAUUCUGCCCUCC